UGAUGAAACGUUGUUUGUGUCCAAGGUAAGGAAGGUGCAGUGGGAACGUUGUGUCAACCGCAUUUUGAGGUUGUUCGAGAUAAUGAGCCAGGCGAUCACCGAUGGACAACUAAAUACAACGAGAAUUUGAAUCCAGACCAGCCGAGAAUCAACAUGAAUUCCUUCUGCGGGAGUUGCACCAAGUAUCUGGUGUUCAUUGCCAAUCUCGUGAUCUUUCUCUUGGGGUGCUUGGUCCUUGGGUUUGGCAUUUAUGCCAUUGUGACCAACAACAAAGGUGACGUCACAAUUCUAGGGGACCCGGACCCAUCAGCUGGGGCGGGGAAUUCGAAUGUGGCUGAAAUCAUUUUGGUAGUGGUGAGCGGUGUCAUCAUCGUGGUAUCUUUUCUGGGAUGCUGUGGAGCUAUUCUGGAAAACCGAGCAGUGGUGUUCAUUUAUUUUACGAUUAUGCUCCUGACCACGGUGUUCACCACUAUCGGAUCCACUUUGGUGUUUUCCAAGUCCGUGGAAGAUUUGAGGGAUCCAUUACUCUCCUCACUUCAACGGUAUGAUGCAAAUUCGUCGGAUCCGGUUCAGCUGCAAAUCACUCAAGCUUGGGAUAAGGUUCAAAAAGAGAGCUCGUGUUGUGGUGUUCAUGACUUUGAGGAUUGGUCCAAGUUCUCGACGGUGUUCCCGGACUCGCUGGGUCAUCAAGUUCCAUCCUCGUGUUGUUCGGGUCUGGACUUGGAUGAAGAUGAGACUUUAGAGUGCCAGUCCCGUCCUUACGAUCAGAAGUUUGCCAAAAGACUCCACGGAUGCUUCUCGGCUUUAACGAUCUCGUGGCAGGGACAGGAGGGAAUUGUGGGUUACAUUGCCAUCGCCAUCGUGGCCAUUAUGGUAAGGAACGAUCCGAUGCCCAUAAAUAGUUCAAAAACCCAGAUUUAUAGCCAACAACAAAUGUCUCCGAUGUUCCAAGUAAGGCUCUAACUUGGUUGGCAUUGAAAUACGAUUUCACUUGAGCACCUGCUACCUCGAGCUCUUAGGGCCAUUUUCUUGCCAUU